AUGUCGCAAUCUCAAGCCUCUACUAUGCUAGCAUCUACCUCAAAAAGUGUACCUCUUUACCAAAACGUUGAUGGUAAAGCAAUGAGAGAAAACGCAAACUCAUUUCUCAUAAGAUAUGGAGGAAACUUCUCAUCUGAAAUCAUUGUAGGAGCAGAAGGUGUUUACAUCUACACUGCCGAUGGUAGAAAGAUACUAGAUUUUACUUCCGGACAAAUGAGUUGUCUCAUUGGCCAUGGACAUCCUGAAAUUGUUGAGGCAAUCACUGCACAUGCUGCAAAACUGGAUCAUUUACUCAGUGGCAUGCUAAGCCCGCCAGUGGUAGAACUCGCACAAAAGUUGACGUCUUUGACACCACCCGGACUUGAUCGUGCUAUGUUUCUCAAUACUGGAGCUGAGUCAAAUGAAGCUGCUAUCAAAAUGGCUAAAUUGUAUACUGGAAAGUAUGAGAUAGUUGGUUUGGGGGCGAGUUGGCAUGGAAUGACGGGAAGUGCGACUGCAUCAACCUACCACUCUGGGAGAACGGGUUAUGGCCCUUGCAUGCCAGGAAACCUCGUUCUACCAUCUCCAAACGCAUAUCGUUCGAUUUUCCGCCAUGCAGAUGGCUCAUAUGACUGGGAAACAGAGUUGAAUUAUGGGUGGAAUUUGAUCGAUCAACAAUCGACGGGGUCAUUAGCCGCAGUAAUUCUCGAACCUAUCCUCAGUUCCGGAGGUAUGCAUGUCUUGCCAAAAGGAUAUAUGAAAGCGAUGAAGAAACACUGCGAAAACCGCGGCAUGCUUCUUAUUGUCGACGAGGCACAAACGGCAAUUGGUAGAUGCGGUUCUAUGUUUGCAAUUGAGCACGAUGAAUGCACCCCCGAUAUUUUGACUCUCAGCAAGACAUUGGGCAAUGGACUUCCACUUGCAGCCGUUGUCACCUCGGCGGAAAUUGAAGAAAAUUGCUUCGAUCGCGGUUAUCUUUUCUACACAACUCAUGUAAAUGACCCGUUACCUGCUGCUGUGGGAGCCAAGGUUCUGGAUAUUGUAGUCCGAGAUAAUCUUGUCGAGCGCUCUCGCGUAGCAGGCUUGAAGUUGAACGCUGAGUUGAAAAUAUUACAGGAAAAGUAUGGUUGUAUUGGAGACGUUCGCGGUAGAGGUUUAAUGGCAGGAGUGGAAAUUGUAAAGGAUCGAGCUACUAAAGAGCCAGCGCCGGAACUGGGAGCAGCAUUGACAGAGAAACUAAGUGAACUCGGUUUAUCUGCAAAUCUAUCGACAAUGAAGUCGUUUGGUGGGGUGUUUCGUAUAGCUCCUCCUAUCACUAUUACUGAUGAAGAGUUGAUGGCUGGACUUAGAAUAUUUGAGGAGGCGUUGAGGAUUACUCCUGAUACAAUGCCGAUUGAUUAG